AUGGUCAAUUCAAGAUCUAUAGCAGGCCUCCUGGCCCUGUCAGCCGCUGCCAGUGCCACCUCCAAGCGCGGCCUCUGCUUCACCCCCAACGACCAGCACCCGGAGGACAACAAGGUCUGGGUACAGUCCAACAGCGACCUCAAGUGGUACUACAAUUACGGCAGCCUGCCGUCCCCCGCCUACUCGACCUUCUCGCAGGAUGAGUUCGAGUUCAUCCCUAUGAUGUGGGGCGUCGGCUCAAACCCCAACGACACGGCGUUCCUCGACUCGGUCAAGAAGCUCAUCGACGACGGCACCAAGAUCAAGCACGUCCUGGGCUUCAACGAGCCCGACAUUGGCGACCAGGGCGGCAGCGGCGUCAAGCCCGAGCUCGCGGCCCAGGCGUGGGUCGCCAACUUUGAGCCCCUGGGCAAGAUGGGCGUCAAGCUGGGCCUGCCGGCCACCACGGGCGGCUGGGGCGGCCUCCCGUGGCUGAAGCAGUUCCUCGGCAACUGCUCCGAGCUGGUCAGCACGGGCAAGGAGAAGAAGAACUGCACGUGGGACUUUGUCCCGGUGCACUGGUACGACAACUUUGGCGGCCUCGCGUCGCACAUUGGCGAGCGGCGCGCGACGUGGCCCGACAAGGACAUCUGGGUGACCGAGUACGCAUACGCGCACCAGGACCUCGCAGCGACGCAGGAGUUUUACAACCAGACCAUCGACUACUUUGAGAAGCUUGACUACAUUGGUCGGUACUCGUACUUUGGUGCGUUCCGCGCGAACAAGGCCAAUGUCGGGCCCAACGCCGCCUUCCUCAACAACGGGGGUAAGCUGACGGACAUUGGCUCGUGGUACCUGGGCUUCAGCGCCACGGGCGUGAAGCCAGAGAGCGGCAAGGGAGCAAUGAUGGUGCCGAGCGUGGCGCUCGUUGGCGCCGGCCUGUUGGCCGGCCUUGUCUCCAACAUGCUAUAG